AUGAAUGAUUAUUUAGCGAAUGAGCUGGUCCUGAAACUGGGGGUUCAUCAGUAUGCUCACAUCACGAACGACAACGAUAAUGGUACGGUUCUUAUCACCGGACCGAUGACGCGCACGCUAGGUUCAGACGAGCGGUUAACCAAACCAAUAACCCCCUUUCAUGUGGUGCCACAUGGGCACUACUGCUGUAUUGAAAAUCCUCACGAAGUAGCAGAAGAUGGCGUUACGCCUGUCUGUGAUAAGUCCGGACAGGUGAAGGUGUCUCUCGGAAAGCGGAAGAUUUUUGUGGGUCCCCUCGCUGUUCCAUUGUACCCUGAGGAAAAACUCGUGUCGGUGGAACCCCUCACGGUUCUCGACACGAAUAGUGCCCUUCUUGUGCGCGUGAUACAUGACUACACAUCUGAGGGUGGCGUGAGACGAUCUCAGGGCGAGCGUUAUUUGUUUAAAGGUCCCGGGACUUACUUUCCCCGCGUAGAGGAGACGCCACUAGAGGUGCGUCACGCUGUUAACAUUAAGAAAGGGUGCGCAAUUAGGCUACGUGCUUUGGAAUUGUUCACUGAUAGGACCGGACGUACCCGUAAACGGGAUGAUGAGUACCUUUAUCUGACACCGGGGUCGUAUUUGUGCGAUGUGGAUGAGCAGUUCGUCGAACACGUCGAGCCGCUUAUUAUACCCCCUGAUGAGGCGUUACAUGUCGAGGUGUUGCGCAACUUUGUGGACGAGCGGCCCAAUGCCUUCAACAGAGCGCGCCACGCCGGGGAGGUGUACGUUGUCACCCACGAGGACUGCCCCAUGUUCGUGCCUCAUCCAAAUGAAAAAAUUUUGCGUACUGUUCACAAGAUGCGCCUUACGGACAAGCAAUACGCUGUUAUUGUGAAUGCUUCUAAAUCUCGGCGGCGUACUAUAACCAACGUUUCCUAUUACCUGCAAGUCGAUGAGGAGGUGGAAAAUGAUGCAAUACAUGGAUGUUAUCUUCUUGGUGAGGGACAGGCACUUCUUUUGCGCGCCCUUGACAUGUUUCAGGACGAAAGUGUGGAGCCACCAGUGCAGCGUGUGGCUGAGGACCUUUGGUUGCUCCACGGGCCACGGGAGUAUGUUCCGCACAGUUUGGUGGAGGUAUGCAAGGACAAAAAUGGUAACGACAUACGGGAACGCAUUCUUUUGUGCGACGGUGAUGGUAUUUAUGUGAGAGACAAAACCACGGGCGUAGUUAGAACAGUAACAGGUCCCGCAGCGUAUAUGCUUGGGGUUCACGAGGAGUUGUGGGAAAAAUCACUUCCUCCGGAUGUCGAAGGGUGUUUGCAGCGGCAGCUGUCUCCUAUGGAGGGGCACAUUGCUGCGGGACAAGGACCAGUGCUCGUUCCUCGUAAUCUAGUGAGGAGUGCGUACAAAACAGUGGUCUACAAGGUUCCUCAUCGGAGUGUGACACAGCUAUACAACUACCGGACAAUGAAAACCCGCACCAUUUUUGGUCCCGACCGCGUUACUUUGGAGCCAGAUGAAGAGUUUACAGUUGUAAAACUUUCGCUACCCUCGUCUGAUGGGACAAGUCCCGCGAAAUGCCAAUCUAAGGAGUCCAGCCGUGUGAACGCUCUACAUCUCUUCCUCGGCCCUUCGAACGUAACAGACAUUGUCCACGUCGAAACACGGGAUCAUGCCCAGCUUGCCCUACAGCUGUGCUAUGCAUGGCAUUUCGAUGUUGCACACGGCGACGAGGCCGCUGCUCGUAAGUGCUUUGGUGUAGAUGACUUCAUCGCCGACGCAUGUUCCCUUAUUGCCGGGCGCAUACGUGCCGCUGUUGCAUCCCUUCCUUUUCAGCAAUUUCACAAGAGCAGUGUGAAGGUGCUUCAGCAGGCGGUAUUUGGGAUAAAUCCUGUCAACGGCGAUCCCAUGAGUGAACUCCGAUUUGACGCGAAUAACUUUGUGGUUACUUCCGUUGACACUCAUACAAUGGAAGUUCUCGACCCCCGCACACGUGAAGGCCUCCAAAAGUCAGUAAAAAUUGCUAUUGAAAUGUCAACUCAGGCCCAAGAAUCGAGUGCACAGCAGGUUGCACUGGCACGUGAACAACAGUCUUCCGCCUUGCUUGCGCAGCAAAAAAUGAAAGACCAGGUAGAAAAUGAGACCCAGAGGAAGGCCCUGUUGGAAGCGGAGGCGAAGAGUGCUGCCACCAUAUCUUCAGGUCGUUUCAGAUCAGCCGCUGAUUCUGCUGCGAAGGCUGCCAGUGUGGAAGAGGAGACCAACCUAAAGUGUACACGCGUUCGUAUGAAGAGUGAAGAUAUUAUGAAUGGUGCGCUGUGCGAGAUCGAGCAGAACAGGCGGACUCAGGAGCAUCAAUACGAAGCGGCUCGAGCUUCUCUCGAACGUGAGUUUAAGCGAGAGCUCUCCAAAAUUGAGAAUGACAAGUUUGCCGCGGUGAUGAGCGCUCUGGGCCCUGAUACGGUGGAAGAAAUUGCGAAGGCCGGUCCCGAACUCCAAGCCAAGCUGCUGGAAAGUUUGGGACUCCAGGGAUACUUAGUUAUGGAUGGCAGCACUCCCAUUAACCUCUUCAACACAGCGUCAGAGUUGACUGGUCAUGUGCAGCAGUAA